UUAUUACUCUCUCUUCUCUCGCUCUCCCGCGCUCGCCGGAAAAUCCGUCUUCAAUCUUCUCUGUAGAAUUUGCCUUCCCCUGUAGAUCUCAAUUCAUGGCCGGCAGGGGCAAAACGCUGGGAUCUGGCGCCGCCAAGAAAGCCACCUCCAGGAGUAGUAAAGCCGGCUUGCAAUUUCCCGUCGGUCGUAUCGCUCGUUUCCUCAAGGCCGGCAAGUACGCCGAGCGUGUCGGUGCCGGUGCUCCGGUCUAUCUCGCCGCCGUCCUUGAAUAUCUCGCCGCUGAGGUUUUGGAGCUUGCCGGAAAUGCCGCGAGAGACAAUAAGAAGACGCGUAUCGUCCCGCGCCAUAUCCAGCUCGCCGUGAGAAACGACGAGGAGCUCAGCAAGCUUUUGGGGGAUGUGACCAUCGCUAAUGGUGGUGUCAUGCCCAACAUCCACAACCUGCUUCUGCCCAAGAAAACAGGGACUUCAUCGAAGAAUGCUGGCGGUGAUGACGAACCCUAGAUUUGUAAUAGAAACAAUGAACUGAAGAAUGAUUGAAUGUUGAUGGAAAUGUGGCUAUGGUCAAGAUAGUGUUCUCUUACUUUGUUGUUAGAUUUACCCCUUUUCCCUUCUUUUUGACCUCUAUUAUUUUUCUUCUCUUAGGUUACGAAUCUCUUUGCUUAUGGAAUUUGUAAUAGCCCCUCAAGGAGUAGUGCUAGAAUUUCACAUAGUGUUGUGAAUAUCAUCAUCAUCAUCUAUUAAUAUCAUCUUCCUACUUGUUCAUCUUACCUGA